AACACUUGAAUUUGUUUGCUUUUCGCGGCUUCGUGUCACUGUGUGUGAAGAGACGAGAAAUAGCUUGGUCGACUUUGCUUCUCAACGAUGGUUUAGUGGUUCUCACCACGAGACAGAUCACAAGUUACAAGUCAAAUGAGCUACGUCAGUGCGAAUCCCCUACACCGAUCCUCUGUCUGUUCAUCCGCAUGGACGAGCGGAAGUAAAGAAGUGAAAAGAAGAAUAUAUUUCAAGCAAAAUAUUCCAUUCAAUGUUUCCAAGAGUUUGGUGCGGUGCUCUACCCCUACCUUGCGGAGAGUUUUCUGCGCUUGGACGAACGUAAGCGUCAAGAAUACAAGCAGUGGAUGUUGGAGUCGGGAAUUCCCCUUCACUGAACAUAUUAAGCGUGAUGACGUCAUCGAUGACGUCAUGGUUAAUGAUGUCACAGAUGAUUCACAAGAUAAAACAAUCUUACCUAAUACAUCACAACCACCACACGAUUGUAGUUUCACUUCGUUUUAA